AUGUCAAUACAAAUUGAAAUUAACUCAGAGGGUGAAGCUUAAAAUUCUUAAAUUGUUGGAUAUCUCCUUGAAAGAGGAUACAAAAUAAUCAAGCAGAUUGGAAAAGGAUAUUAUGGAGUUGUUUACAAGGCGCUGCAUAUAAAAGAUAAUACAAUUGUAGCAAUCAAAGGAAUGGUUUUUAAUUCACAAAAUGAGAGGUAAAAGCUAAUGAAUGAAUUCUAAUGCCUUAAAUCUAUUGAUCACCCAAAUGUUAUUAAGGUCUUAGAAUACAUAGCCUAUCCAGAUAACUCAUGUGGCUUUUACUCUAUGGAAUUCUGUCAAAGUGAUUUGGCAGAAGUGCUUGAAAAACAUAGAAAACAAAAAACUUGGUUAAAUUAAGAAGAUAUUUAUUUUAUAGCAAAUUAAAUACUGCAAGGACUAAAAGCAAUACACUAAAAAAAUAUUAUCCAUUUCAAUAUAAGUUGCGAAAAUGUUUUAUUAGGCUAGGACGGACAAUAUAAAAUAGGUGAUUUUGGAGAGUGUAAAAGAUUAAAUUAAGGGGAAAAUUCUUCAAAAACUCAUGGUGAAUGCUCAAGAAAAUAUGGCUCACCAGAACAGCUUCAUAAACUACUCCAAGUGAAGGACAUACAACAUUACACAUAAAGCAGUGACAUUUAUAGUCUUGGCAUUGUCUAUUACUAUCUAACUAAUAGAACUCUAGAUUAUGAGCAUGUUCCUAUCUUUAAAAAAGUUGAAUUUCAUUCAUUCUUAAACCCAGAAUACAGCUAAUUUAAUACUUUGAUUAGCUAAAUGAUUUAAUUUAGACAAGAAGACAGAGUUAAACUACACUCUGUUGAAAACACUCUUUCCUAUCUUAUACAAAAUAAUAACUAAAACUCACUUAAAUAAAUCUACUAAAAUGUUUCUAGCUGA